AUGAUGAACCUUAAUUAAACUUCUGAACUUUCAAAUAUUAACAACUCCUAGCAACUAAUGGGAGGAUAUAUGCCUACAUUGAUAGACAAAAUGAAAGAAGACAUCCUCAGAUUAAAAGCAUUAUGCAGACAAUUAAAAGAGAGCAACGAUCAAUCUCAAUCAUAAUAAACAACAGUAAUGGGACAGCCAACAGUUGAUCAGUAGCAACAGGAAAAUGAUGAAAGAGUUCAAAAAUGGAUUAAUGAGAGAAAAUAUCUUCUCAUAAAGACAGAACUGGAAUUCAACCAAGCUUUCAAGGAGGGCAAGUGCACUGAUUUCACUUGUAAAUAAGUGAUUGAGUCCAUUGAUAAGGGAUUUGCUGAGUUUGAUCUAAUGAUCGUUUUGUUAAGCUAUCUAUUCAAGAAAAACAUAAGAUUCUACUACUUAAGAGAUCUCUUAAGUUCAUUCAAGUAAAAUCACGAUGAUGCUAAUUCAGGAUCAAUUUUUGGUGAACUAAACUUAUGCUAUGAUAUGUCUCCUGAGCAAACAUUCUUGAAACUUUAUAUUAGAAGUGCCAAAUCAAAAUCAUAGCAGUAGUUCGAAAAUAACAAUGGACUUACCAGUGAGAACAAGAAAAUACAUUUAGAUCUCAUUUGCAAUGAAUUUGAAUAUGAAAUACUUUACAAGAGAGCCUUUUAGCAAAAUGAAUCAGCCACACAGGAGUCCAUAGUUGGAGACAACUUCUAUGCUCAAGCGCAAAGACAUAAAAGAGGAUAUUCUCAAGGUAAUUAUUCAGCAGCUUUAGGAGUUAAUAAUGCAUCUCCAGCAUCUCAUCUAAAUUUAUUUGGUUCUCCGUCAUAGCUAAAGAAUCAUUCUCUGAUUCAACCAGAUAUGUCAGGAGUUAAUAUAUUCCAGAUGAAUGGCUUAGCUGGUAUGCAAGUAGGCUUAAAUCCAAAUAUUGCACUCAUGAACCAAAAUAAUCCAUAAACACUUCUUUUACAACAACAAUAAUAAGAAGAACUUUAGAAACUACUGAUCCUUAAAUAGCAAGCAGCCUUGCUUCAAAUUCAAUAGCAAUAGCAGUAACUCUUAUAUAAUCAAAUGCUUAUUUAAAACAGAAUGCCUUAAUCUUAAGGAUAGCUUCCACCAAACCUCAUGCCACCUCCAGGACUAGGUGCUCCAUCCAUAGGCAUUUAGAACAAAAUGCCAGGAGUUAUGCAUUAAUCAUAAAAUCCUCCAAUGCCAUCUAAUUAGUUUGCAAUCUAGAAUCCACAAAUAAGAUCUUUCUAAGUCCCUCCUAAUUAGCUAAGGCAAAGCACUGAGCCUAUGAAAGGCAUGCACUCUAGUUUUAUAGGAUCUAGUCCAAAUCCUCUUAUCAGCGGGGGACUCUAAUAGUAGCAUGAAAUUUAAGCUUAGAUUCAAUAAUAGUAAAUGAUAAAUAGCAAAUUAUAUUAGCAACAGUCGUUAUCAAAUAAUAAUCUCUCAGAAUUCAAUUUAAAUAACAAAAUAGAGGAAGUAAAGGUUGAAAUUAUAUCUGACAAAUAAGGAGACACUGAAGGCCCUGAUUCAGAUCCAUUAAAGAAAUCAAGGAGAACAGCCUCUAUGGAUGUCUCAAGUAAAGUUUUUAUUCCCUCAAAGAGAAACUCAUCAGCAAAAAAGAAUGAGUCAGACCAACAAACUAAUCUCUCAACUCCAAGUAAUUUUUCGCCAUCAUUCGCCAAUGAAACUCAUCAUGGUCAUUCCUAAUCUAUGAUUUAACCAGGAAUGAACGCCUACGAUAUUUAUAAUAAAAUUGGUGGACAAGAAAUUGAAGAUCCAUCAGCAAAUAUUGAUUACAGAGUGACAGGAAGACUCAAGUUUUUCAAUGAAGGACAGAGCUAUGGUUUCAUAGUCUCUGAUAUAGAUGGAAAGGAUCUCUUCUUUCAUUUUGAUGAUAUGAAAAAAACUAAUCUAUCAAAAUAAUUCCUAAAGGAUGCUAAGAACAGAUUCAUCGUAAGAUUCUCAUUUAAAGUUAUGGGUUACUACGGAAAGUAUAGCAUGAGCAAAAAAGCAGUUGAUAUCGAUUUGAUUAAGAUUGAACCCAUCAAUUUCUAAAGCGGAACAACUCAAGCAACAUUAGAGCACAUUAACGGAGGUACUGCUUCAAUGCUCGGAGCCACUGGGCUUGAGCUUGCCUUCUAGAAUCAAUUGAAUUUAAAUCCUAACGGUAUCAGCAGUGGAUCAUUCAUUUUAAGUGGAGGAGCUAAUGUCUCAAACAUGAGCUCAUCUUUUAUCACUCCAUCCAAUGGUCUCUAAUGA